AUGUCGAAGAAGAAAGCAACGAUGACUCUGAAAGAUUUCCAUGGCGGUUCGAUUCCUUCCGAUCUUCGUCUCCCCUCUGCACCAGGCGUAAUGGCGAGACCUGCAGAUCGUGGUAGUUUUGAUCAGCAGUCUCCAUGGGGAAAUUUGAUGGGUAGGUCCAAUCAACGCUUGCGGCCGGCAUCAGCUGGGUCAGCUAGGAACUUUGAGGACAAGACCCCAUUUUUAAGUAACAGUGCUCACAUUGGCCGCAAUUUUGACGAGGAUGAACGCAAACCUUUGGAUGGGUUGUCAGGUUCUCGUCGAACUGUCAGUGAUGAGAGCAACCAUGCUCUGCAAAGUCGUGUGGUAGAACCUAGGAUAGAUAGUUUGGCUGGUGCUGGAGUUGGUAGUCAGCUGUCUUCAACCCGUCCCUCUCAUUUGUCUAGUGAUCCAACUGUUAGUUCUUAUGCUGGAAAUGCUGGAAGGCAUGGUGAAGUUCAUGGCAGUGCUGGGGUGAAUUAUCAGAACGUGGGUGUCAAUUCCAGGUCAGUUGUCGCUGGUUCCUAUUCAAAUCCGUGGGGUGCGAAGAAGGAGGUGGCACAUGUAAGGGAUCCUGUAUCUGCUUCAUGGUCAGCUCCGGAUGUUGCAGUGAAGCUGGCACAUGCUAGUGCCAUUGAGAAGAUCUCAUCUGGUCGGUGGCAUUCGCAACAUGUUCAUCCUCUAAAAGAUGUUGAGGUCAUUGGACAGUCAGAACCCGAGAGAGAAUUUCAUUAUCGGGGCAAAGAUAUGUAUAACAGGAAUAUCAACAAUGGCGUAGACGUGUUGGGUGGAACUGACGAUCAUGAUAUUGCAUUGGCGACGCGUAUGGAAAGGAGUCUGAUUGCUGGUGAUGGGAUUCACAAUGGUGGAAAGGAGACACUGUCUCAUGAUAGAGUCAGGUCUACCAUGUACGCGGAGACGCAUGGGAGGAAUCCCUCCGUUAAUCACAAGGAAUUUCAGCCACGUAGCACUGCUGGAGUAUCUGUUGAGACUGAGUUACAGUCUCCAGGGACUUCAGAAGCAUCAGAGCGGCCCAAAUUGAAGUUACUUCCAAGAUCCAAACCGUUAGAGAAUUUAGAGCUUCCCGUCGAUUAUAAAAAGGGAAACCAGCAGCCAAGUGAUCCGAUUCAUGUGAUGGAUGACAAUGAAUUACCCAGAACUGCAAAUCCCGUAGAACCUGGGUUUACUGGAUCAAUGGUCGUUAAUCGAGCGGUAGAGCGCCCAAAAUUGAAUUUGAAGCCUUGCUCACAACCUCUUGAACAAUUGGAGGGAAACACUGAAAUCAAAAGAAAUACUGUGUUCGCUGGGGCUCGUCCACGAGAAGUGGUUCUGAAAGAUCGGGGAAUUGAUGGUGUUGCCGCUAACCUUUAUGACAGUCAACCUCCCUCUAGGAUCAAGCAAGAUGCUCCCAAGAUGGAUCCAGUGUCUUUGCAAGUUACUCCUGCCGGUUACAGUGAGAAAGCUAAAAAAUUUCUGGGUGAUCAAAGGGUAGCGAGGAGUUCUGAUAGGCGAGAUCAACUUGUGGACAUCGAAAGAACAGAUGCACAGAGGAGGAACAAAGGAAAUGAAAGUUGGAGGAAUUACAGAGAAAUUGAGAAACACAACAAUGACCUGCAGCUGCAGCAACAGGAGAGGCCACCGUCACCUGACUCCUGGCGCAAGCCUGUUGAAAACCCAAAACCCGACUCCGCGCCUGCUCCUGGGCAGCGUUAUGGGAAAGUGGCUUCCGCUCUUGAGCUUGCCCAGGUCUUCUCCAGACCAAUCUCUGAUCCGACUAUUGCUGAUCGUCUUUCUGGCCCCCGAGGCAUUCCAAGCCAGAGUCAGAUACCUUUUUCUCGGUUAACAGGUCGAAGCCCGAAGCCUCAGAUUAAUGGCGACACCGAUGACAGUCUGUUGCUUCUUACCAGCUGCGGCUGUGGCUGCUCUAAGCCCUCGACCAAUACUCGGGAAAUCGGAAGGGGAAAUCCUUUUCGUGUUUCAUAUAGAGCUUCUACUACGCGGAAAUGGAGAAAUCUUGCUACUUCUGAUGAUGAAUAUUAUAAACAAAAAGUGGAUAAAAUAAUGCAACUUUUGAAAUCAUCAGAAGAAUUUGAUGAUCCAAUCGGAAGUUUGAUUCUGGUGGAUGAGAUUCAACGGCUUGAUCUUGACUAUCACUUUCAGGAGGAAAUCAAAACAAUUUUGCGGCAACAUUAUGUGGCAACAAGCACUUGUGAUUAUAAAUACUACACCCUUCAUCAUGUUUCACUUUCUUUCACUCUUGAGACAACAAGGAUUCCAUGUACAAGCAGUAACCAAGUAAUUAUUCAGAUGCAUAUUGCUGAUUUAUUCAACAACUUCAAGGGCAAGGAUGGGAGGUUCAUACAAAAUCUAAGACCAGACAUCAUAGGAUUGAUGGAGUUGUAUGAAGCUGCACAGCUUUGUUUAGAAGGAGAAGAAAUUCUUGAUGAGGCAGCGAAUUUCUGUAGCCAGAUUCUUCAAGAAUUCAUGAGAAAUAUGGAUCAAUUUUUUUCUAAAAUUGUUAGUCACACAUUGAGACAUCCUUAUCACAAGAGCAUGGCAAGAUUGAAUUUGAACGACUUUGUUUUUAAAUUUAAAGGCCAAAACAGAUGGGAAACUACGUUGACAGAGCUGGUGAAUAUGGAUUUUCAGAUGCGAAAAUCCGUGCACAGACAUGAAUUGCAUCAAGUUUUCGAGUAA